AUGGAAAACGAGAAGAAUGGGAAGAACGAGGCCACAGUUGGAGCGGCCGCGGAGACGGACUCUGGGUCAGUCCAAUCCACCCCUAUUCCCGACGGGGAUGGGGGGAUCAAACGCGACUUGGAGUCUCGGCACAUCAACAUGAUUGCGAUUGCAGGAAUGAUUGGAACCGGUCUAUUUCUCAGCUCAGGCUCGACAAUCGUUACUGCAGGACCAGCUGGGGCGUUGCUAGCGUAUAUCGUGAUGGGACUCGUCACCGCGGGCGUGUCCUACACCACAGGCGAGAUCACCUCUUUUAUGCCAUCAACGGGAGGGUUCAUACGUCAUGCGACCAAGUUCGUCGAGCCCGCACUAGGCGCUGCCACGGGAUGGAACUUUUGGUACACGAUGUCUAUCUCGGUUCCUGCCGAGAUCAGUGCGGCAGCCACUUUGAUUCAGUUCUGGAACACCUCCGUCAAUCCAGGCGUUUGGAUCACUGUGUUCUUGGUGUUCAUCAUCACGGUGAACUUCUGCGGCGUUCGGCUCUACGGUGAAACCGAAGUUGUGUUUGCAUCCCUCAAGAUCAUGACAAUCAUCGGCCUCAUCAUCGGCGGCCUCGUCAUCGACCUCGGCGGAGGACCGCACGGCGAGCGUAUCGGAUUCCGGUACUGGCAGAACCCGGGGGCUUUCAACAGCUACCUCGUCCCGGGGUCAGCGGGGAACUUCUUGGCCUUCUGGAAGGUUCUCCUCUCGGCCGCCUUUAGUUACGGCAACAUCCAAGUCGUUGCCAUCUCCGGUUCCGAGACGCGAGAGCCAAGAAAGAUCAUCCCUGCUGCCACGAGAAAGACCUUCUUUCGGGUCUUCUUCUUUUACGUUCUCAGCAUCCUCGUUGUCGGGAUGAUUGUACCAUCGGAUGACCCAUCACUGCGUAUCUCAACGGGAACCGCACAGCAGUCUCCGUUCGUCAUUGCCUUCACCCGUUCCGGAGUCUCGGUGUUACCCUCCAUUAUCAACGCCGUGGUAUGCACUUCCGCCAUAAGCAGUGGUUCAGCUUGUGUCUUCAUUGCCUCUCGCACCCUGUACGGCUUGAGCUGUGAUGGCCACGCACCCAAGAUCCUUCAGCGCUGCAAUAGGUUCGGAACGCCUCACUACGCCGUGGGGUUGACUUGCGCCCUGAUGCCUCUCGUGUACCUGAACGUGGCCAACAACACGUCUGUUGUCUUUGGCUGGUUCGUCAACAUCACGACUGUCGCUGGCCUUAUCGGUUGGAUGGUUAUAGAAGUGACAUAUCUUCGAUUUUAUGCUGGACUCAAAGCCCAGGGGUACUCUCGAAAGGGUGAGCAAUCUUGUCACUUCAGCUUCCUCGAUAGCAGUGUCACAAUGUGUCUAACUGUAGCGUUUAUAGACCUUCCAUACCGAAGCCCAGGACAGCCUUACGUAUCGUGGAUCACUCUAUUUAUGGUGUUCCUUGUCGUGUUCUUCUCAGGGUUCGAUGUCUUCACAACAGGCAACUUCACAGCCUCAGGGUUUCUUACCUGUUAUGUCAACGUUUUCGUCUUUGCCGUGUUGUAUUUGUUCUUCAAGUUUUACCUGAAGUCGCGAGUCAUUGCUGUGAGCGAGAUGGACUUCGAGACAGAGUUCACUUCCAUCAGGCAAGAAAAAGCACGUGAGGAAGUAUAUGAGCGUAAAGAGACCGGCCUUAAGCAGUUGCUUCGCAAGAUCGUUCAUACCGUAUGA